UGAAAGCUGGUGACUUCAUUUGAGCCUUUACAACACUCCAUCUAAUCAAGAUACAUUUCAGGAAAGCUCAGCCCCUCCUUUCCAAUCUUCUUCCGUUCUAAAAUCACCUUUCAGCACAAUUAGUGCUGUGAUUGGAUUCUCUGCAGGUGCUCACAUAGACCCGUCAAAAUUUCCUUCCUCGAGGACCUUGAGAGUGCGGAGGAAGAAAUCAUGGGUGCAGGAGCAAGCGCUGAGGACAAAAAGUCCAAGGAAUUGGAAAAACAGCUCCAGGAAGAUGCCGAUAAGGAGGCUAAAACGGUCAAACUGCUGCUGCUUGGCGCUGGUGAAUCAGGAAAAAGCACCAUCGUAAAACAAAUGAAGAUUCUCCAUCAAGGCGGUUACACAAAAGAGGAGCAGAUGGAGUUCAGGACCAUCAUCUUCGGCAACAUCCUGCAGUCUGCUCUGGCUAUCAUCAGAGGCAUGGAGAUGCUGAGCAUCGAUUUUGGCUCACCUUCCGGGCAGGAGGAUGGGCAGAAGCUGCAGAACUUGUCAGACUCCAUUGAGGAAGGGACAAUGCCUCCUGAGCUGUCUGAUGUCAUCAAGAAGCUGUGGAAAGACUCUGGAGUGCAGGCCGCAUUCGAGAGAGCUGCCGAGUACCAACUGAACGACUCUGCUGGAUACUACCUCAGCGAAAUGGACCGAAUCUGUCUGCCGGACUACAUGCCCACCGAGCAGGACGUACUGCGAUCUCGAGUCAAAACAACUGGUAUUAUUGAAGAGCAGUUCGGCUGCAAAGAGUUGCACUUCAGGAUGUUUGAUGUGGGAGGUCAGAGGUCAGAGAGAAAGAAGUGGAUCCACUGUUUUGAGGGUGUGACCUGCAUCAUCUUCUGUGGAGCCCUCAGUGCUUACGACAUGGUGCUUGUAGAAGACGAUGAAGUGAACCGCAUGCACGAGUCCCUCCAUCUAUUCAACAGCAUCUGCAACCACAGAUUCUUCGCUCUGACCUCCAUCGUGCUUUUCCUCAACAAGAAGGAUCUCUUCGAGGAGAAGAUCAAGAAAGUCCAUCUGAGUAUCUGCUUCCCUGACUACGACGGCCCCAACACAUAUGAUGAUGCCAGUGCCUACAUCAAGACACAAUUCGAGGAUUUGAACAUGAAGAAGGGUCAGAAAGAAAUCUACUCCCACAUGACCUGUGCCACAGACACGAAGAACGUCGAGAUCGUGUUCAAUGCCGUGACGGACAUCAUCAUCAAAGAAAACCUUAAAGACUGCGGUCUGUUCUAAGCAGCUCCAGAGUGACAGGAGAGAGAACAUCUUUUUCAGCCCGAGCCCCGCACACAUUGGCAUUAGGAAAGACGUGUACUGUCGGGGCACAGGGCGUCCUCAGACUGUUGUGUUUUAUGUCAUCAUCUCCACGUCACGUUGUGGCUGAACGCUCCUAGAGAAUAUCAUCAUCUCCUUCCUGCAACUCUCUGCACGUCCGGCUGGGUAAAAACAGAUACGAAGUCACCAUGUGAACGAUUUCUACACAGCUAAAAGAUUAAAGGUACGACGAUGAAAUAGCUGCUUCUCUGAUUAUCAUUGAGUUUUUAAAACGUAUAAAUUGUAAAUUAUAAUUGAUCUGAAAGCCAAGCUCUGUGAAAUUAAUUAAAGCCAUCUGGGAAAAGUAAAAAAAAAAAAAAAAAAACUCUGAAUAGACAAUUUUCUUUGUUUUGUUUCUGAGUGCAAUAGUCUCUGUGAUCUUGAUAUUUAAGCUGAAAAGUUGCUGAGCCAAUGCUUGCAGUUUGUCCAGAUUACAAACCCAAUUGUGCAUGUAUCUAACCUAAAUAGAGUUAAUGUACUGAAUUCACUUAACAUUUUAUUGUGAUGAAUAAAUCUGACAACGACAAACACGGUAGAUGAACUUUGUACAUAAGAAUAGACGAGUUAUGUUUUGAAUGAUGAAUUAUCUAGAAACAUGCGAGAGGAAAACACUGGAGGAUGGAUGCUUUAUGAGAAAAGGGAAUGGGAAUCUGUUCUUUCUUAUGAAAUGUAGAGGCAUGAAAUAAAGAUGCAUUAACUUCA